AGUUCCUGCCCGAUAUAAGGUUAUCCCGAGCAACGUUCCGCAUUUCUUUCCUGCCUGUCGCCCUGAGUGUACGUACCUGCUUUUGCUUAGACAAUCAUUCUUCACUGCUUCGAAUGGAUCAGGCACGAAACCACAGAGAGGUAAGUAACUUUUUGAAAUAUACCAUUUUUUAGAUUUUUUAAUCUUUAAAAAUAGUUGAAUUUGCAAUAUGUGCUUAAUUUGUCUUUACUUUUUUCAGAUGGAAAACCUAUUUCAGAAAGAACCUAUGCCUUUGAACGAUAAAGUGUUGAGCCAUGAAGACCGCACCCAAGAUGUUCCAAGAGAAUCAGCUAGCUCUUGUAUCAAAAGAAAAGCAGAAGAAACAUCCCAUUUCGAGAAAAAACGCAAAGGACUCUUCACCGAAGAGGCUAUUCCAGAGGAGCUCACUCACAUGGGAGACAAUGUCUUUGUGGGACCCAGCAUUUACAAGGGAAAAGUGACUGUGCACAUCCGAGAGUAUGCCAAAUAUGGUAAAGCUUACUAUCCGACAAGACGAGGAGUGAAACUUUGA